AACGGUCAACGAUGUCUUCACCGUCUGCGUCGUCGAGUAGUGGUUGGAGCUGGGUUCAUGAGGGUACUGGGAUCAGAGACCAGAGUCCGUCGAUCAAGACAGAGACAGAGUGCGGCGAAGACUGGCAACAUAUUUCAGAUUCUUCAUUGGGCUCUGAAUCCGAUUUCACGGAUCUCGAAUCGGCAGACGGAAGAGAGCCCGUUGCUAGUGUCGUUGCUGACCAUAAUGAGAUUCCGCUAGAGCAGUUUCUCAUCCGUUUAUUUCGGGUCUUUGAGCAUCCUAGCACAAUAUAUUCGGUAGACAUCUCGCACAACGGACGAUACGUCGCCACAGGCAGCGAACACGGUACUCGACUCUACGAUCUCUUCACUGGUCCAAGACCAGGGGACCAUACCAUGUGGCGCUUACUCCCAGAACGUGCUGAUCUGCUCAGCGAACAAGCCAUCUUGGCGAACGAUGUCGCUAUCGUCGGCCCAGCGAGUUCACCGCUAUCGGACAGGGACGAGUUCACGCAGCAAGUCGUGAACUUGGGACAAGUAUCCGAAUCAGAGUCGGAGGCGAAGUCGACGUCGAUCGUGUAUCGCGUGCGGUUCAGUCCUGACGGAAGAUAUCUCGCCACAGGAUCGCAGGAUAAACAGAUCCGGGUAUGGGACGUCACUAGGCGAGGGAUCCAGAGCAUCCUCAAGAGCCACAACAACUGGGUCGUUUCGCUCGAUUUCUACCCCUCCGCCAAUCGGCUCGUAUCCACAUCUUUAGAUCGCACAGCACGCAUAUGGAGCACCCUGCCCUCAUACCGCGCCUGGGAUAUUUAUUCCGACAUCGACCACCCCAUCACUUUGACACUGAACGAUCAACUCACGUCGACAGGCUCACAAGCGGCCUGGUGCUCUGCGGUUUCUUAUGACGGUCUGUUGGUCGCCGUGGGCAGCGAGGAUGGGUGUAUCAGUUUCUGUAACGCGGUUACGGGAAGGUUGGUAGAGAGAGUGACGAGGGCCCACGCUGAUUGGAUCAGUGGGAUCGUGUUUUUGGGGGAUGGGACAGGCGUAGUGAGCUCGAGUUUUGAUGGGACGAUCAAGAUUUGGAAAUGGGGAAAUGAUAAUGUCACAUCCUUGGUCAUCUCUGAAAAUGGAGUGUGGAUCGUGUCGGGUUCGACUGAUGGUACGGUGCGGAUAUGGGAUUCUCGGGAUGGAAGGCUAUAUCAGUCAUUCCAUGCACACGACAAAGCUAUCGAAUCUAUAGCUCUUUCCAAAGCAGGAGACCUCCUUGCCACGGCUAGCCGAGACAAGACCGUUCGCUUAUGUGAGACCAUUCCUGUGUAUAUCUUUGCUUAG